GGGAGCCUCCACUUCCUCCUCCUCCCUUCCCACCCUGGCCCGUGGCUUCACCACCAUGAGACUCAGAAAGGGGAAAUUCUCGCGUUUAAAGUCCAGCAGGUGGAAGGUCAGGGCUGGGACACCUGGGUCCCUCGGCAGUGUCUGGAGACAUGAUGGGGACCGGAGGGAGCCUCGGGGCCUGGGGGAGCCUGGUGCUGCUGGGCCUGUGCAGCUGGACAGGGGCCAGGGCGGCUGCCCCCAGCCCCGGCAGGAACCUGACUGCGGAGGCCCGGACCCCCAGCUCCAUCACCCUGCAGUGGCAGACGCCCCGUGGCCUGGACCGGAGGCACCACACCCCCUGGGGCCUGUGGACCGGACGGGAUGGCGGAACUGAGGCCCCACGCACGACCGACGCCAGUUUCACGGUGGACGGACUUGGGCCCAGGUCUCCGCAUGAGUCUUCCGUGUGGGUGCAGCAGGAUAAGACCAACAGCUCCAAGCAGACUCUGCAAAACAGCACGGGCCCCUAUCCCGUCAGGAACUUGAAGGUAGAGGCUCAGACCACCAGCUCCGUCACCCUGAUCUGGGAGGAGCCAGAUGACCCUGACUUUCAGAACUACACCUACUGGAUCCAGCGGACUGGGGGUGAGAUACAGAACACGACCGACACCAGCUUCGUGGUGGGCGGACUGCAAGCCGGGUCCUUGUAUGAAUUUGCCGUGUGGGCAGAGAGAAAUGGAGUCGCCCGCUCCGCGACAACUUGCAACGCCACCACAGUCCCCAACGCAGUGACGAGCCUCAGUGUGCAGAAGCAGACCAACAGCUCCAUCACCUUGAGCUGGACAGCUCCCCCGGACCCAGAUCAUCCUCUCUACACCUACGGGGUCUCAUGGGUCAAGGAGAGCGCCAGCGCCAUUAGCAUCCGGAACACCACAGAUACCGGGAUCAUACUAACAGAACUGGAAGCUGGGAGCUUGUACACCAUCACCGUCUGGGCAGAGAGGAAUGAAGUCAGCAGUGACAACCGGACACUCACUGGAGCCACUGCUCCCAACACAGUCAUGGAUGUACACAAGGAAAACCAGACGAGCAACUCAAUCAUUCUGCGGUGGAAGGUCCCCACAGACCCUCACUCUCAGCUCUACACGUACUGGGUCCAGUGGACCCCUGGGGGACAUCCCCAGGGACAGCAAGACCCCCAGGGACAUCAGACCAACCACACAGGCAGGACCAAUGACAGUUGGUAUGAGGUGCAGACCCUGGAACCCGGGACUCUGUACACCUUCAGCGUGUGGGCAGACAGGAACAACGUGACCGGUUAUGCGCAGAGCCUCCUUGCAUCCACAGCCCCGAGCCCAGUCACCAUCACCUCCUGCAUCAGCACCUCUGGGGGCCACGGGGUCAUCUUGACCUGGUCCUGCCCCGUGGGAGGCUACGAGGCCUUUGAGUUGCAGGUGGGUGGACAGUGGGACUGCCAGAAUGUAUCGUCCUGUGGGAGGGGCGUGUCUGUGUGGGAUCUCCAGCCAGCUCAGUCUUACCCAGCCACCGUCACCACCAUCUGGGAUGGAAUGAGGGCCCCGUCUGCCCCUGUGACCUGCCACACGGAGAAUGCAGGGGUCAUCGCCGGAGCCGUCGUCGGUGUGGUCCUGUUUCUCAUCCUGGUGGGCCUGCUGAUUUUCUUCCUGAAGAAGAGGCACAAGAAGAGGCAGAGGAAACCGGCACCCAAGGCUCUGAGCUCCAGCCUCCUGGAGAACAUCCCGGCACAAGACUUUGCUGCCCACGUGAGGAAGAACGAGAAGGAUGGCGGCUUCGCAGUGGAGUACCAGCGAUUGGCUCUGGAGGGCACCAAGCAGUCUCAAAUGGUGGCCUCAGCCCUCGAAAACAGUGCCAAGAACCGUUACCGAAAUGUGCUGCCCUACGACUGGUCCCGGGUGUCCCUGAAGCCCCACCAGGAGGAACCAGGCUCCGACUACAUCAACGCCAGCUUCAUACCUGGUCUCUGGGGCCCCCGCGAGUUCAUUGCAGCCCAGGGCCCCCUGCCCCAGACGGUGGCUGACUUCUGGCGCCUGGUGUGGGAGCAGCAGAGCCGCACCCUGGUCAUGCUGACCAACUGUGUGGAGUCCGGCCGGGUGAAGUGUGAGUACUACUGGCCUCUAGACGCCCAGCCAUGCACAUAUGGGCACCUACAAGUGGCCCUGGAGGGUGAGAAGGUGCUGGAGAACUGGACAGUACGAGACCUGAGGGUCCGGCACAUCCAAGAGCAGAAGACACUACGUGUACGUCAGUUCCACUACAUGACCUGGCCAGACCACGGCGUCCCCCACUCCCCAGACCCCUUGCUGGCCUUCUGGAAGAUGGUCCGGCAGUGGCUGGACCAGACCGUGGAGGGAGGCCCCCCCAUUGUGCACUGCAGUGCUGGCGUGGGCCGCACGGGCACCUUCAUUGCCCUGGACGUCCUGCUGCGGCAGCUGGAGCGUGAGCGUUUUGUGGGAGCCUUCAGCUACGUGCGGAAGAUGAGGGAGAGCAGGCCUCUCAUGCUACAGACUGAGGCCCAGUACGUGUUCCUGCACCAGUGCAUCCUGCGGGGUCUCCAGCAGUCACCCCUAGCCCCAGCAGAGAAAGGGGCUUCGUACGUGAACCCGCUGUAUGAGAAUGUCUAAGCCACAAGAGAGUUGAGACCCCAGUGGAGACUCAGACUCUGGAUCUCCACUUGAGCCCAGAUUCCUGGAGCCCUGGGAGAGCAGAGGGCUGGGGUCCCAGACACCUGAGUCUUGCAGGAGGAGGGGAGGCCUGGGUGUCUAAACUGUUUCCCUGGAGGACAGAGGGCAGGUGGGAGCGGGUAUCCUGGAUUCCUGGUCCCUUGGAGGAGGAGGGAUGGGAGCUAGGCUUUCCUCGUUCUUCGAGGGAGGAGGAGGCUGGAGGCCUAGGCUGCUGGAUUCUGGGGAAGGUAGAAAUUCGCGUCUGGAACUCUAGCUACCCCUGGUGCAAAGGCAGACACGAUCCAUCCCAUUUUUUAUUCCAGAAACCAAAUCUGUCUUCUAGGAUCUGAGAUUUCCCUGCACCCCACUGCGUGUACAUAUCUUUUUCUUCUAUCCCAUAAUUUAUUAAAUCACUAUUCUCCCCCAGAGGUGCUUGCUAUAGUGGA